AUGGGAAAUUCUUUUUCGAAGGUAUUAGGGAAGUUAUUUGGGUCUCGUGAGAUGAAGAUCCUGAUGUUGGGUCUGGAUAACGCUGGUAAGACUACGAUUCUGUAUAAAUUAAAGCUUAAUAAGAUUAGGACUUCGGCGCCUACAGUUGGGUUUAAUGUUGAGACUGUGACUUUUAGGAAUGUGAAAUUUAACAUGUGGGAUGUAGGUGGACAAGAGCGGUUACGUCCGCUGUGGAGACACUAUUUCCCAGCUACGACAGCAUUGAUUUUUGUUAUUGAUUCUCAUGAUAAGGAGAGGCUGAAUGAGGCAAAAGAGGAGUUGUACAGUAUAAUUGGCGAGAAAGAGAUGGAGGAUGUUGUAUUGCUUGUCUUGGCAAACAAGCAAGAUUUGCGGGGUGCCUUGAGCCCCCACGAGCUGUCUGAUUUGUUGCAAUUGAGUGAGAAUCUGAAGAAUCAGUUAUGGUGUGUUGUGGGUAGCAACGCGCUAGCGGGCCAGGGGCUUGUAGAAGGGCUUUCUUGGAUUGCGAAUAAUACGAAGAGAAAGUAA